AUGCCACGGCUACCAGAUGCGGCCGAGAUCGCCUACAUGGAGGCACACAUCAAUGACACGCGCGUACCAGAUAUCAUUGCAUGCACAUCAAUAUGCGGAAUCGCAUCAAUCGUCUUCAUCGCCCUCCGCUUGAUAUCGCGAAGGAUUUCAAAGGCUGGGAUCGCGACGAGCGACUGGCUGAUAUUGUUUGCUUGGCUCAACUUUGCCGUUUUUGAUGUUUGCUUUGCAAUGUCAGUCAAGUAUGGGGGUGGUCGACAUAUCAUCCUCGUUACAGAUCCUAAUAAUGCACGAAUGCUUCAAGUUAUCAAUAUUAUCAACGAAAACCUCUAUUGCGUUUGCAUGGCUUUUCUCAAAUUCAGCAUCUUGAGCAUGUAUCAUGCCAUCUUCCCGCAAAAACGGUUCCACUACUGCCUUUGGGCUGUCGCUAUCUUCAUGGCCUGUUGGGCCAUCAGUUGUGCUUUCGUUGCAAUCUUUCAGUGUACCCCGAUUGCCUUUGGUUGGGACCCGUCUAUCGCUGGAGGUACAUGCGUCAAUUAUGGCGCUCUUGUCCUUGUUGCCGGCAUAUGCAACAUCGUUACAGAUUUCAUCGUUCUCGCUAUGCCAAUCCCCCUUGUUCUCAAACUCAACCUCUCCACGCAGAGGAAGCGAAUGGUCAUAUUUACAUUUGCAAUGGGUGGCAGCGCAUGCCUAGUCAGCAUCGCUCGUCUAGCAUUUGCCCUCGCAGUUGGUUCUACAGCAGAUGGGAGCUGGGACAACAUGCCAGCUGGAAUGCUUUCUGUCGUCGAACUAAUGGCCGGUAUUUUGGCUGUUUCGCUUCCUGUGUAUAGACCUUUGUAUCGUCGCCUCAUAAACAGAGAUAAAGGAGGUACUACACAACAAUCAUCUGAUAAUCCCUAUUCUAGUGGGUCGCGCAGUGUUCAAAUUACAGGCGGGGGAUUUUCCAAGAACAACAGCGACGGCAUCGUAGUAACUGACGAAGUCGACAUCAACUUGACCCCUUACAACCGAAGAGACGGGCACUGGGUUCGUGUAGGAGACGAAGACGAAUCGGGACUCUAUACUCCUCAGACCAAACGGAGCCUCAACAACGACCUAAACUAUAGUGGACGAGCUAUUUAA